AUGUCCUCAUAUGAAAUGGGCCUGAGCUACUCCAAGGCUCGCCCUAGAGUGACCAAAGUUGCACCUUUGCAAAACAAGGAAGAAGAGACUCCCUUGGUUGGCCCCAUGGACUUCACAGUCAAUCAGACUCUGCAAGGAAAGAGUUCACCUUUGUUGGCAAGGCCACAGGACCAGAGCAAAACUCUGGAAGGGCAGCUACCACCUCUGCGGGAAACCCGGUAUGGAAGAUACUUUGCAGCAUCCAGAACCAUGUAUUUUGACAUCCCUCUGGAACAAGGAGAAACAAGUAUUAUUAAGAGGCAUCCACCUCAAAGACUUCAAAAGCUUGAACCCAUGGACUUGCCACAAGUAAUUACUUCCAAAAGGCUUCAGAGCCAGAGAGAAGCCGGGAUGGUGCACAGAGCACAGGAACUGGAAAAGAAAAUGCAAACUCCAAUGUAUACUUCUGGGAAAAGGCAAUAUUUGCAUAAGAUGAAAAUGCUGGAAAUGAACCGUAAAAGACAAGAGGCCCAAAUGGAGUUGAAGAAAACUCUUCCCAAGGAGAUGAGAAUUAAUAAGCAAAACCUGAGGGACCAUAAAGCCAAGAAAAUCCUUGAAGGCAUCCCAAGGAAUAAUGACCAUGACCUUCUAACCAUGUUGCUUAAUGAAACCUUGACUAGAAAUCCAGGAAAUUCUCAGAAUGCAGAAUUUUUGGAACACCACACAGUGAAUGACCACUGUCCCCAGAAAGUUGGCAAAAUGGAGACAUGGCUGUGUGAACAAGAGGCCCGGGGACAGCUUUCCUGGAACGGCUCUAGCUCUGACUCUGAUGAGUUGGGGACAGAUGAGAAGAGACCACGAGCACUGGUGAGGACCAGGACAGAAAGAAUCCCACGUUAUGAUGCGUUUUUUGAUCAAGAAUAA